UAUAGAGAGAGAAAGAGAACAGGAGCGUGUGAAGAGAGGGAGGGAGCUUCAGGCAGCGAGGCUGGACUACCGCUCAAACACUGCAGUCUUUCUUUUGCUUCUCUGAGGAAACUGUCUUUCUCUUCUCCCUGCUCAUCUCUCCUUAUUGCUCCUUCUUCUAUUGCUGCUUGGCCAUGACCCUGGUGGACACCUUGAUCUCCUUGCCCACCUAGAGAAGAGGAUAGAAAUGCUGUAGCGGAGGAGGGGGAGACGAGAAGAGGGGACACCGCACACUUUGCUUCACUGAUGAGAGUCUGGAAAUUAAUUAACCGCCGUCAGCACAGAAGGGGGAGCGCACAGAGGGGCUCAGAGUGAGGUGCAGGAAGAGAAUAAGAGGGAGUUGAGGAGGGCGAAUUGCUAGAUGUUUGAAGAGCAGGUUGUGGAAAGAGGCAGAGUAACCCCUGGACACUUUUAGAGACGAAAGGGACAAGUUAGAGAAGACGCAAGAAGCGAGGGGUAUUUGGGCAAGGGGAGAAUUCAAAAGGGAUACUAAUUCAAGAAACCAAAGAAGGUCCACUCACAUGCGUUAUUCAUCCUUUCAUGCUUCUUUUUAACCUUACUAUCAUAUUCUUAACCACAUCCUUCCGUCUUAGCUCAUUUUUUUUGCAUGUCAGCAAAAGCACAUCGACAGCCACAACCACAUGCUGAACACUCAGCCACCACUUAGACCUCUCAUUCUCAGUGGAUGUGUGAUCUGUUACUGAGUAAAAGAAGUUGAUUGGCUGAAGCAGGGCUGCCAUUACCUCUGAGCCGAGAGCACCUGCUCAGGAAUUUCUCAUGAGACCAGAACUGCGGCGCUGCAGGAUGGCCGAGGGUUGCAUGAUGGCCCUGCGAUAUGGAAUGGUCUUCUUCAACCUCCUUUUCUGGUUGGGAGGAUGUGGCAUACUAGGAGUGGGAGUCUGGCUCUCAGUGACCCAGGGAAACUUUGCAACCCUGUCAUCAUCCCUUCCCUCCCUGUCGGCAGCCAACCUGCUCAUCGCGGUGGGCACCAUCAUCAUGGUGAUUGGCUGUUUGGGCUGUGUGGGAGCUGUCAAAGAGAGCCGUCCUCUGCUGUUGACGUUCUUCAUCCUCCUCCUGCUCAUCUUCUUCCUGGAGAUUCUGUCCAUCAUGCUUUUCUUCAUUUAUCAAGACGAGAUUGAUCACUACGCCCAGAGCGAUCUGAAGAAGGGCCUCCAGCUCUUCGGCACAGAGGGCAACGUGGGUUUGACCAAUGCCUGGAUGAUCGUACAAACUGAUUUUCGCUGCUGUGGAGUAACCAACCACACAGACUGGUUUGAAGUUUAUAAUGCCACCCGUGUGCCAGACUCCUGCUGCCUGGAGUACAGCGACAACUGUGGCCUGGACAACCCAGGAACAUGGUGGACAGCGCCGUGCUACGAGCGUGUGAAGGACUGGCUUAAUGAGAACCUGGUGGCACUUUGGAUCUUUGCUCUAUGCACAGCACUCACUCAGAUCCUGGGCCUGGUCUUCUCCAUGACAAUGUUCUGUCAGUCAGUGAAAGUAGAAACCUUCUACGCCUAGCGAUCGACCUCUGUGCCAUUCAGCACACUUUUUUCUUCAUCAGAGAGGGACCGAUAUAGACCCAGCCUCCUCUUCCUCCUCCUCCUCCCCCUACAGACUCUUCUUUCCAGCGCUUGUCCUCUCUGUGACAUUCCCUCUCGGAUGUCACCAGUUCACAGUUUCUGCUAACUAUCAACAAGCACAGUGUCAGUGUAAUACCUGAGUUGGUUUCUAUGGUUUGCUCUGUGUCAAAAGCUAAUUUCUGUGAUACAUUUUAUAAAGCAGUAUUAUGAACAUGUAUAAAAAAGUGUAACCCUUUUUUUUUAAUAUGUGUUUUGUUUUAAAUUAUUUUAUGUGUUUUCAAAAUGAGAGCUACAGUUGGGAAAAGUGCACAGUGUGAAGUGCUGCAAGUGCAUGUCUCCUGCCAUGGUGUGUAUUAAAUGUUUUGGAUCGACUAAAAAGCACACGUCAUCUUGUCAUU